AUGAUUGAUGUUGCUUCUCGAUCACAGCAGCCUCCAACUUCGGGUACAGAGAGUUCAAAGCAUGUUGCAGCUCUCGUACCCAACGGAAAAGGGCAUAAGAAAAUUCAAUCACCAGAACCUCAAACUAUCGACGAAUUAAUUCGGUUGAGAGCCCUUGAAGAUACGUACCAGAAAAUCUUAUCUUAUCCUCAAGAGAAAGGGGGCUAUGUCGACUAUACGUUUCACGAACUCGACUUAUUUGCAUUCCGAGUCGCUCAAAGGUAUUCCGAGUGUAUUCCACUCCGGAAAAGCUCAGAUGAGAAAGAAAGAGUGAUAGGCCUGCUUGGACCAUCAAACUUGGAUUACAUUAUUACCAUUCUUGCACUGAGUAAACUGGGAUUCACAGUAUUAUUCUUGUCCACAAGAAUUUCGACAGUCGUAUAUCGGUCUUUACUCGAGGCUACAUCAGCUCAGCACCUUCUCAUCCACGAUUCAUUUGCUGAGACUGCAGAGGAACUCCAAUCCAUCUUAUCCACACUUCAAGUCCACAAUAUCCUCACUCAAGAAACCUACAAAAAUCACCUUGGCAUGCGUGGCUUCAUUACUCUCCCUCUCUAUCACGCUCAUGGUAUCUCUAGCGUUUUCCUGGUCAUGUUUGGUGGAUCUGCAUGUCCUGAUAUCCUUGGGGAUCGUCUCGUAGAUAAUGGGGUCAAUCUAGUUAGCCACUAUGGAACUACCGAAACAGGCCAACUUAUGACAUCCUUUCAUUCAUCUGGAGACAAGGCUUGGAACUAUUUGCGUCCAUGGCAAAGUUUGGAGCCUUUCUUGAGAUGGGAGCCCAAGGGUCAAGGUACCUGUGAAGUAGUUGCUCUAGAUGGAUGGCCAUCUAAAGUCGCUUCAAAUAGACCCGAUGGGGCUUAUGCGACCAAGGAUUUUUUUACUCCUCAUCCAACAAUUCCAGGUGCAUGGAAAUACUAUGCCCGAUCUGAUGAUACUAUUGUCUUGCUUGAUGAUGAGAAAGCAGUACCAACAAUGAUAGAGCAGGCAGUACGUCAACACAGAUCUGUUCAAGGAGUUGUCAUUUUUGGCAAUGGAAUGCCACUAUUAGGCAUGAUCGUCAUCCCAAGUGAAGUCAUGUCUAAUGCCAGCACCACUCAAGUCAUUGACAGUAUUUGGUCUAUUUUCGAAGAGCAAAAUACCUCUAGCGCUGCAUAUGCACAGAUCUCAAGAUCGAUGAUCAAGGUUUUGCCAGUAGGAACUUCUUAG